UCAACAUACAUAAUGGAUAUCGACGAAGUAACUGCAUUGGUAAUUGAUAAUGGAUCUGGAAUGUGCAAGGCUGGAUUCGCAGGAGAUGAUGCUCCACGUGCUGUGUUCCCAUCAAUCGUUGGAAGACCAAGAUAUACUGGUGUGAUGGUCGGAAUGGGCCAGAAGGACAGUUAUGUUGGUGAUGAAGCCCAGUCUAUGCGUGGCAUGCUCACACUCAGAUACCCGAUCGAGCAUGGUAUUGUCACCAACUGGGACGACAUGGAGAAGAUCUGGCAUCAUACAUUCUACAAUGAGUUGCGUGUUGCACCUGAGGAGCACCCAGUGUUGUUGACCGAGGCCCCACUCAACCCCAAGGCCAACCGCGAGAAGAUGACUCAGAUCAUGUUUGAGACAUUCAACACACCCGCCAUGUAUGUUGCCAUCCAAGCCGUGCUGUCACUGUAUGCCUCUGGUCGCACAACUGGCAUAGUCAUGGACUCUGGUGAUGGAGUUACUCAUACAGUACCAAUUUUUGAGGGCUACGCACUCCCACAUGCCAUCAUGAGAUUGGACCUUGCUGGCCGUGACCUGACCGACUACCUAGCCAAGAUCCUCACCGAGCGUGGAUACUCAUUCACCACGAGUGCUGAGCGCGAGAUUGUUCGCGACAUCAAGGAAAAGCUGUGCUACGUGGCCCAAGACUUUGCGGCCGAGAUGGCGACUGCCGCCAACUCAUCAAUGUUGGAGAAGAGUUACGAGCUGCCUGAUGGCCAGGUGAUCACGAUUGGAAACGAGCGAUUCCGUGUACCCGAGGCAUUAUUCAGACCAUCAUUCCUCGGCAUGGAGUCGAGUGGAAUCCACGAGACUACAUACAACUCCAUCAUGAAGUGUGAUGUGGACAUCAGAAAGGAGCUGUACAGCAAUGUCGUGAUGUCUGGUGGUUCGACAAUGUACCCAGGCAUCACUGAGAGGAUGCACAAGGAGUUGUCAAUGCUGGCCCCAUCGACCAUCCGUGUCAAGAUCGUUGCACCACCCGAGCGCAAGUACUCAGUUUGGAUUGGAGGUUCCAUACUUGCAUCAUUGAGCACAUUCCAACAAAUGUGGAUAUCAAAGGAGGAGUAUGAUGAGUGUGGACCAUCAAUAGUUCACAAGAAGUGUUUCUAA